AUUUUAAUUUUUUUUUAAUACGCUUCUAGAAAUAUUGAGCGACACCUUGCGGCGGCUAUAUAUCUCCCUCGCGACACCGCCCGCGGCAGCCAGCACCGCUCGACGGCGACACACUCACGACGACAACUUCUGGGUUGCGACUUCGCUGCAUCGGCAAGAUCUGUAACUUCAAGACCUUUAUGCGGUGAUUGAGACCUACAGUGACUACCUGGUGCGCUAGCUCCCCUUGUGUGAUGAACCACCAAGAUCCCAAGUUGGUGGCAAUGUUUUUGGGAGAUAGUGAAAGCGAGCAACAAGGAAAAGGCGAUAGCAACCUCAUUAGCAAGAGUAAUAUGAGAUGUCAACACUGUGCGGGUCCUCUCUCGAAGGAUAUGGAAACCAGUGCUUGGACAAUUCCUCCUCUUAUUAGGGAUAGUUUCUCUAUGAUUGGCUCUGCUGUUGGUGGUACUGCCAGUGCUUUUUAUGGAUUUAAUCAUGUGAUGCCGGUUGUCCAGAGAUCAGUGAAAGGGCCUAUGUGGUUGCAUUUUCUUAUUGGUGCUCCUCCUGUGAUUGUGUUUUCUUCAGCUUGUGCAGGAAUGGCAGGUGGGGCUGUUCCAGCUUUGGCCCAACUUUUUUCAUCAUCUUAUCAUUCAGCCAUGUCUCCUUCAAAAGAUGACAAGACUCACGAUUCAAGAUCAUCUUCUACCAUGUAAUUCAAUAUCAACUUUUUUUUCUUCAUCUUAUCAUUCAGCCAUGUCUUUUCAAUCUUACCCUUCUAGAAUAUAUCAAUAUCAUAUCAAAGUACGUAUAUUAGUGAUAUAUCGUUCGCAUAUCAACAAUUAAAGUAUAUAGAAGACGAACACUUAUCUUAUAAGA